AUGAGGAAAGACCUAGACGACGCGGGGAUCGAGGUCGUCGACAAGUGGCAGAAAAUAGCAUACAAGCUACCUAAUGAUGUAUUCAUUCGAGUACUUCUCCAAAACAUAGCCGGAAAGAACACCCCAAAGCCUAAAUUCGCCCGUGCCAAUUUCAAUUCCCUCUUUCUCGGAAAUGCAAAAGAUUUAUUAGCAUUGGUGGAAACAGAAUUCCCAGAAUUAGGGUUACAAGAGGCAGAUUGCAAGGAGAUGAGCUGGAUCAACACAACACUCUACUUCCCUGGAAAAACAGACCAACCCUAUGAGGUUCUCCUGGAACGGGCUGCGAAGGCAACCAGAGGCGGCAAUAAGGGGAAGUCGGACUUCGCCACGAGGGCUAACCCGAAAUCCGCGUACCGGGGGAUCAACCAACUGCUACUGAAGGAGGACUUAGCGUUCGUGAUCAUGGAUCCUUUUGGUGGGAAAAUAGACGAGAUUGGGGAAAAUGAGACACCAUUUCCUCAUAGGAAGAGGAAUUUGUUCAAUUUGCAGCACUUGAAUAGAUGGGGUGAGGGGGAAGGGGAGAAGAAGCAUUUGGAGUGGAGUAGAGAGGUGUAUGAGUUCAUGGAGCCUUACGUUUCGUCGUCGCCGCGAGGGGCUUACUUGAAUUAUAGGGAUCUUGAUUUAGGGUUUCAGAAGAGGGGAGAACAAAGCUACUCGCAAGCUAGGGUUUGGGGAGAGAGGUAUUUUAAGGGGAAUUUUGAGAGAUUGGCUAAGGUCAAGAAGAGGGUUGAUCCAGAUAAUUUCUUUGGGGAUGAACAAAGUGUGCCUCCAAUUUCUUGA